AUCUUCUGAGAUUGAAAACGUGGUCUGACAACUAGUACGAGAUUUUUCUAUGUACGUUUUCUAAGCACUUUCUGGAACUCAAUACAUAUUCCUUCAUUGGUUCUGUAUAAGCCCAAUUAGCAAUAUAGUUUGAAAUCAGCAAAAUAGCUUGGAUGAUUUGGAUAGUAGCAAUUUUUGUAGUUUCUCUUACUUACCUGUGUCUAUGGAGAAGAAGCAAGAAAAAGGGAAAGAGAUUACCACCUGGUCCAAAAGGGUUGCCAAUUUUGGGAAGCCUUCACAAGUUGGGGUCAAAUCCUCAUCGUGAUCUGCAUCAACUAGCCCAGAAAUAUGGACCUGUCAUGUACUUGCGCUUAGGAUUUGUGCCAGCCAUAAUUGUUUCUUCACCCCAAGCAGCUGAACUGUUCCUCAAGACCCAUGAUCUUGUCUUUGCAGGUAGACCACCUCAUGAAGCUGCAAAGUAUAUUGCUUGGGAGCAGAAGAACUUGGCUUUUAGUGAAUAUGGUUCUUACUGGCGCAACGUGCGCAAGAUGUGCACAUUGGAGUUGCUAAGCCACACCAAAAUUAACUCCUUCAGACCCAUGAGGGAAGAGGAACUUGACCUAUUGAUCAAGAAUCUAAGAGGGGCAUCCAAUGAUGGAGCUGUUGUUGAUCUCAGUGCCAAGGUUGCAACACUCAGUGCAGACAUGUCUUGUAGAAUGAUUUUAGGGAAGAAGUACAUGGACCAGGACUUGGAUCAGAAGGGGUUCAAGGCUGUGAUGCAAGAGGUGUUGCACUUAGCAGCAGCUCCUAACAUAGGGGAUUACAUUCCUUACAUUGGUAAACUUGACCUUCAAGGGCUAAUCAGGCGUAUGAAGACACUGCAAAGAAUCUUCGAUGAAUUCUUUGACAAAAUUAUUGAUGAGCAUAUUCAAUCAGACAAGGGAGAAGUCAAUAAGGGGAAGGAUUUUGUGGAUGCCAUGUUGGACUUCGUUGGUACCGAAGAAUCUGAAUACCGCAUUGAACGCCCCAAUAUCAAAGCCAUAUUGCUGGAUAUGUUAGUUGGUUCAAUAGAUACUUCAGCUACAGCAAUUGAGUGGACAAUUUCAGAGCUACUCAAGAAUCCAAGGGUGAUGAAGAAACUCCAAAGGGAAUUGGAAACUGUGGUGGGUAUGAAGAGGAAGGUGGGGGAAUCAGACCUGGACAAGUUGAAGUAUUUGGAGAUGGUUGUAAAGGAAGGCUUGAGGCUCCAUCCAGUGGCACCGUUACUAUUACCACACCACUCGAGGGAAGAUUGCAUGGUUGGAGAAUAUUUCAUACCUAAAAAUUCAAGGGUGAUAGUAAAUGCAUGGACAAUUAUGAGAGACCCAAGUGCUUGGGAUGAGGCAGAGAAGUUCUGGCCAGAGAGAUUUGAGGGAAGCAACAUAGAUGUGAGAGGGAAAGACUUCCAGUUCUUACCUUUUGGGUCUGGCAGAAGGGCCUGUCCAGGAUUGCAAUUGGGCCUAAACACAGUUCUCCUAACAGUGGCCCAACUGGUGCAUUGCUUUGAUUGGAAGCUACCAAAUAACAUGUUGCCAUGUGAAUUAGACAUGACAGAGGAGUUUGGCCUCUCAAUGCCUAGAGCAAAUCAUCUACUUGUCAUUCCAACAUAUUAUCGCCUUCAUGAUCAAAGUUGUUAGAAGUCCACGUGGGGUUCAUAUGAAUAAGAUGCACUGGAUAGUAAACUACCCUUUCUCUUUCCUUUCUUAUCAUCAUCAAUGUCUCUAUCAUUGAAAAAAUUGGUUUUUGUUGUUUAUGCGAAACUGUUACGCCAUUCGUGACGAUUUGAAAAUAGAGGAAUAUUAUUUUAA